AUGUUUGUUGGUAUUUUCCUGUUACCAGAUACUCAUGGCGGAGCUUAUGAGAGGGCACUGUUGAAUAAAUUGCUUGCGAAUUACAAUACACUGGAGAGGCCUGUUGAAAAUGAAAGCGAGCCCUUGCAAGUAAAAUUCGGCAUUACGCUCCAACAGAUUAUUGACGUGGAUGAGAAGAAUCAGAUACUAACAACGAAUGCUUGGCUUAAAUUGGAAUGGACAGAUUACAAUCUUCAGUGGAACGUAUCUGAGUUUGGUGGCGUAAAGGACCUUCGAAUAACACCAAGUAAACUCUGGAAACCAGAUAUUCUCAUGUAUAACAGUGCGGAGGAGGGUUUCGACGGGACGUUCCAAACAAAUGUGGUGGUCACGCAUAACGGCAGUUGCCUGUACGUCCCUCCGGGCAUCUUCAAGAGCACAUGCAAGAUAGACAUCGCUUGGUUCCCCUUUGACGAGCAACACUGCGAAAUGAAGUUCGGAUCCUGGACAUACGACGGCAACCAGCUCGAUCUGGUACUCAACUCUCAGCAAGGCGGUGACUUGUCUGAUUUCAUCAUGAACGGAGAGUGGGACCUCAUCGGUAUGCCCGGCAAGAACAAUACUAUUGUAUAUCAAUGCUGCCCGGAGCCCUACGUCGACGUCACCUUCUUCAUUCAAAUACGACGGCGUACCCUCUACUACUUUUUCAACCUUAUCGUGCCCUGUGUGCUUAUAUCCAGUAUGGCACUUCUCGGCUUCACCUUGCCGCCCGACUCUGGCGAAAAACUCACCUUAGGGGUGACCAUCUUAUUGUCGCUGACAGUAUUCCUGAACCUCGUGGCUGAAAGUAUGCCGACGACCUCGGACGCUGUCCCUUUAAUAGGAGUGACCAUCUUGCUAUCGCUGACUGUGUUCCUGAAUCUCGUAGCCGAGACCUUGCCUCAGGUCUCCGACGCAAUACCCUUGUUAGGAACUUAUUUCAAUUGUAUAAUGUUUAUGGUGGCAAGCAGCGUUGUUCUCACCGUCCUUGUGCUUAAUUAUCAUCAUCGAAAGCCCGAUAAUUACGAAAUGCCGAAUUGGACAAAGACGGUAUUUCUACAAUGGUUGCCUUUGAUGCUUCGAAUGGACCGUCCUGGUAAAAAGAUCACGAGAAAGACGAUUCUCAUGAGCAAUCGUAUGAAAGAACUUGAACUCCAAGAGAGGAGCAGCAAAAGCCUACUAGCAAACGUUUUAGACAUAGACGAUGACUUUCGUCACAUAAAUAGCAAUCAAAAUCCCACCACUAGCUAUAUAAGUAAUAACAGGUCGGUGUAUGGAACGCCAUUAUCCGGAAGACCGGCGACGGUCGAAGAAACGUCUGCAUCGUUACCUUUAAGCGGUACCCAGCGGGAGCUGCACACGAUCCUGAGAGAAUUGCAGUUUAUCACAGGACGCAUGAAAAAGUCGGACAUCGAAGCCGAAGUUAUUAGUGAUUGGAAGUUUGCUGCAAUGGUCGUGGACAGAUUUUGCCUGAUCGCAUUCACACUGUUCACAGUGGUAGCGACAGUGGCGGUGCUGUUCUCCGCACCCCAUAUAAUUGUCCAGUAGUUGAGCGCUAGCAAUGACAAUGAUAAAUUAACUGUCCGAAUUUGGCUUAGGAAGCCACGUAUUGAACGAUGCCGACAACAUGCUGCUCAGCAACUUUUCCAACGACAACAACUACGAAAACAAUGUCGACACCAUACACAUAGUGCAGCAAUCCACCUUAAUAACCAGAGAAAGGGAUGAUAGAGCAAACGAAGCAAUCACAUACUCCGAAUUGCCAAUUUGCUUUCGCAAAGGCCAAUCUUCUCGUAUUAUAUAGGCAUUAAUUAUACAGACACACCAUAUACAGGCAAAUAAUU